GAGCUACCUACCUAUAUCGCAUUUUAGGCAUCAUAUUUCUGGAAAUAAUAGGCACACGAGGCACAUCCCGCGUCACUUGAGUAAUUUUACCCACAAUGUUGUCUUGGUAGGCAGUUAAACUAGGUUUGAUUUGAGAACGCAACCAUUGGCUACGGUUUAACAUCAUCGCACUUCAAGUGAUCCGCUAGGGUAGCGCACCCUUAACUUUCUGCUGCCCAUCUGAAAGUGGGACCAAGAGAACAAGCGGAUAUUUACAACUCAACCAUCAGUUGCCUCUCAUUUUUAUGCGGAUUUCUUUUUUGUUAAAUGAGGUCCCACGAAUCGCGGGACGUAGAAACGACGACGGCCUUGCUGUAGACGAAAGACUUCAAACUUUUCGAAAUAAACUGCUCAGUGGCUUCAAGUGACGGACUUUGCUUCAAGUGACGGACUUUGCUUUUCUUCCUCUCCCAGGAGCGUGCUUUAAUCGUGCUGGGUUGGCAGAAAAUGGGGACUCGGAUAAGUGCCCUUAAACUCUAUGUUUUUAUAGUCUCUUUGGCACUAGCGUCGCAUCUAUUUAAAGUGGCUCACAGCUCCAAAGUGUGGGAUGAAGUGCCCUUUCCAGAGGAUUUAGAGGAGGAAGACAAGCGGCCGGGAGGGUACGUGGAUGAUGAAGAGUACUACGAAGCCUCGGGAGAUAUAAACAGUGGGGAUGAGGAUGGAAGCACUCCAGAACCAAUCACAGUGGAUUCGGGGAUAACAAUCUACUAUCGGGCACUGGUGAACUUCACAAACUCCUUCCGAUAUGGACCUGAACUAGAUGACAUCUUUUCUCCUGCUUUCCUGGAGAUUUCAUCUGCAGUUGUUGAUACGCUUGAGUCCGACUACAACACAAUUCCAGGAAUCCAGACGGUCAAUGUGGUGCUCAUUAAGAAUAUUGGCAAAGAUGUGUUUGUGGAGCUGGACGUUGGCUCAGAUAACAACUUUAAUGAAACUCAAAUCAGAGGUGUUCUGUACUCUGUGGUUAAGGAUGGCACCAUUGCCUCAUAUGACACCUCAGUAGUGGGAUUUCAGUUCAGACGACUUGGAGAAGUAAAGCCAAGAGAGUGUUUGCCUGAUGAGUUCACCUGCCAGGAUGGGGGUUGUGUCCGCCUGGAAUAUGUGUGUGACAACCGGCCCGACUGCAACGAUUUGAGUGAUGAAGUGAACUGUUUUGCUGGUCCUAGACCUCCUACUCCUCCCACACCUCCGAGAACCAGACCCCCACCUGGACCGGGACCCUGCCGUGCGGAUCAGGCCACCUGCCAGAACGGACAGUGUAUCUCACGGGAUUAUGUCUGUGAUGGCGAACAGGACUGCAAUGAUGGCAGCGAUGAGUUAAGAUGUGGAACUCCUUCUCCAUGUGAGCCCAAUGAGUUUAAGUGCCAGAACGGCCGCUGUGCUCUGAAACUGUGGCGGUGUGAUGGAGAUAAUGACUGUCAGGACAACUCAGAUGAGAGUGACUGCCCCACUAAAGGUCCAGGGGACAGAUGCGCUCCGGAGCAGUUUGCGUGUCUUUCUGACCGCACCUGCAUUCCUGCCAGCUACCAGUGUGAUGAAGAACCCGACUGUCCCGACCGCUCUGAUGAAUACGGUUGUGCACCUCCAACUGUGACCGUCCCACCGGAAGAGUCCAUUACAGUGUCGCGGGGUGACACCGUGACCUUUACUUGCACUGCCAUUGGCGUGCCCACCCCUAUCAUCACGUGGCGACUUAAUUGGGGACACCUACCAGUCAAUAACAGAGUAACAAUGACCAGCGAGAAUGGCCGCGGAACGCUCACCAUCCGUGAUGUGAAGGAAGGAGACCAGGGAGCGUACACCUGUGAGGCCAUCAAUGCGAAAGGCCUGGUGUUUGCCAUUCCCGAUGGAAUUCUCAGUCUCUCUCAGAGACCAAAUCCAGUUGUGUCAUCCUCUCUGUACGUGUUAGCAGGUAAUUGCCGCGACGGGCACUUUAGUUUGGGUGAUCACUGCAUGCCCUGCUUCUGUUUUGGCAUCACAAAGAACUGUCAGAGCACCGGACGCUACCGCAGUCAGAUCCCGCUGCGCUUCAGUGAGGAGGAAGACUUCAAAGGAGUCAAUGUGACAUUUCCCAGUCGUCCUGGCACUCCACCACCACUCUCAUCCACUCAGAUGCUGAUCAAUCCUGAAACCGAGGAGUUUCAGCUUGUGGAUCUGUCUCGCCGUUUUCUCGAUCAAGACUCUUAUUGGUCUCUACCGCGCCAGUUCUUGGGCAACAAGGUGGAUUCAUACGGAGGUUAUCUGAAAUAUAAGGUGAGUUACUCUCUUCAGCGGGGAGGAUCAGAACCAAAGGAGAAGCCUGAUGUUGUGCUGAGUGGCAAUGGACAUAGAUUCAUUUACCUAAGAGGAGACCCCACUUAUCCUGAUAUCAUCAACCAUAGAGAGAUCAAGUUUACAGAGGAAAACUGGCAUCACACCUCAGGAGGGGCUGUGACUCGUGAUGACCUCAUGAUGCUUCUGGCCAAUCUGGAGAGCAUCCAGAUUCGCACCAUUUAUGACAAUCGCAUGGCCAGCAUCGGAUUGAGUGACAUCAGUAUGGACACCACCACCAAAGAGUACUCUCUGCAGGGGAACCCCAGAGACGUGGAAGAGUGCAGAUGUCCACCUGGGUAUUCGGGACUGUCAUGUGAGACCUGCUCCCCUGCUUUCGAGCGUGUACCUGGACCCUACCUGGGCACCUGUGCCGGCUGUAACUGCAAUGGUCAUGCCAGUGCCUGUGACCCUGCUAGUGGACACUGCCUGAGGUGUCAGCACAACACAGAAGGGCCUCAGUGUAACAAAUGCAAGCUUGGCUACUUUGGUGACCCAAGUCGAGGACGGUACGAUGACUGCAAACCCUGUCCUUGUCCGUACACGGAGACAUCUCGUCGGUUUUCAGAUACUUGCUUCCUGGACCAUGACAAACAGGCAACAUGUGACGCAUGCAGAACUGGUUACACUGGGCGACGUUGUGAGAAAUGUGCCCCAGGAUACGUUGGAAACCCACUUAAGCCCAACGGCAAAUGCAUCCCUGAUUCUAGUCCCAUUUCCAAGUGCGAUAACAGAGGAACUAUCAAUCCCAUCAGCAGACCAUGUUAUUGCAAGGCCAAUGUGGUCGGUGCUCUGUGUGACGAGUGCAAGAGCGGUGCCUAUCAUCUGUCAGCGGAUAAUCCUGACGGCUGCUUGCAGUGUUUCUGUAUGGGAGUGACCAAACUGUGUGCCAGUUCUUCCUGGAGCAGAGAUCAGGUACGAGGUGGUGUCAAUGGACAACUCUUCACUCUUUCGAAUGCUGCCAACACCAGGACCAUCUCUGAGGGCAUUAUUCAGAGAGCCAGCACGGAGAUCGUCUACAGAUCCUUCUCCAGUAUUCCCAAUGAUAUCUACUACUGGGUCCUGCCUGAGAACUUCGGAGGGGACAAGGUUACAGCAUAUGGAGGAGAGCUGCAGUACCAGCUGCGUUUUGAGCUGCAGCCACGCUCGCUGGUCAUUGAGGGACAGUCAGAUGUGGUUCUUCAAGGCAGCGGCAUUUUUCUGGAGUAUUACUCUCAGAUCAAACCACUUCCUAGAGUCCCUACCACCAUGACUGUGUCUUUCAGAGAGUCUGCGUGGAGACGGUCUGAUGGCCUGCCUUGUACUCGAGAGCACCUGCUGAUGGCCCUGGCUGAUAUCAGUGUGUUCAUGAUCAGAGCCACUUAUGGAGACAACAUGGCUGAGAGCAGUAUCUCCAAUAUUCAGAUGGACAUUGCAGUGCCUCAUUCAACAGGAAGUGAGACAGCGCUGGAAGUGGAGGAGUGCGCCUGUCCUCAGGGCUACACAGGACCUUCCUGCCAGGACUGUGAGGUCGGCUACACCCGAACACCUGGGCUUUAUCUUGGCACCUGUCAGAAGUGUGACUGCAAUGGACAUGCCAGCGGCUGUGACUUAGAGACUGGAGAAUGUCUUAAUUGCCUACAUAACACUGAUGGGCGUCAUUGUGAAAAUUGCUGUCCUGGGUUUUAUGGAAAUCCCAAGAGCAGUGAUGCACAGGCAUGUAGACCCUGUCCUUGUCUGGGACAAGCUGAUAAUCAAAGAACUUGUUUCGUGGAUACGGAUGGACAGCCCACAUGUGAAUGUCCCACUGUGUACACUGGCAGACGCUGUGAGAGAUGUGCUACCGGAUAUAUUGGCAAUCCUCAGCUUGGACAAAGAUGUACUCUGAGCAACAAUAACGGGGAUUGCUACCGCUGCGACCAAAGUGGUAGUGAGGGAUGUAGUUCAACAGGAGUCUGUCGUUGCAAGAUGAAUGUUGAAGGGUCAACCUGUUCCAUCUGCAAACAAGGGACGUUCCACCUCAGUCCUUCCAACAAAGAUGGCUGUCUGUCCUGCUUCUGUAUGGGCGUCACGCAGCAGUGUUCCAGCUCCAAUCACUAUAGAGACUUGGUAUCCACCACGUUCACACCAGGAAGCUAUCAAGGCUUCGCUCUUGUGAAUCGCCAGCGCACGAACCGCAUUGACAGUGGCUUCUCUGUCGAGCUUUCCACAGAGGGAACACAGCUGUCUUACACAAACUUCAACUACCUUGGACAGGAGCCUCACUACUGGCAGUUACCCAACCACUAUCAGGGAGAUAAGAAAGCUCACUCUGCUCGGAUUAGACGGGCACAGAAGCACCCCGCCGAUGAAGCACGCAAACUUGAUGAUGAAAUCUGGGCCAUCAUCUCAAAUGUCUCCAACGGCCGAUCUCCUUUUUUUCCCUCUUUAUCCUCUCAAACACCCGGUGCCCAGAGCGCUCGGUCUGGGUCCAGCGUGCAUGCCACUUCCUUCCAUUCUGGUUUAACUUCCUCUUUAACAGACUCUGGGUCCCAGUCAGCUGACACAGACCAAUCCUAUCAGCCUGACUCAUCUGAGGUGGAAAAUGGAAAAAACACAGUUGGUACACUUAGAGGUCCACGACCUGGCCCUUCUAACAAGUAUGUUUUGGUCUACAAUGGUUUCAGCUUGCAUCAAGAUGACGUGCUCUUCUGGAAGCUCCCAGAGCAGUUCAAAGAGGAUAAGGUUGGUGCAUAUGGUGGAAAGCUGAAGUAUACAAUCUCCUAUGUGCCAGGACCCCGAGGUUCUCCAAUAGAGGAUGCAGAUGUUCAGAUUAUUGGUAAUGACAUCACGCUGGUGGCACGGCAACCGUGGAGAAGAAGUCUGGGUGCCCGAGAGUCCAAACAUUUUGAGAUUAUUUUCAGAGAGGAACACUGGCAGCGUCCAGAUGGCAUGCCUGCUACCAGAGAACACCUGAUGAUGGUGCUGGCCGACCUGGAUGACAUCUUGAUCCGGGCUUCUUAUCACACAGAGAUGCGCUCAUCCAGCAUCUCUGGGGUUCGCAUGGAUAUUGCCGUGCCAAAUUACACAGGCCUUGCGCAGGCUUUGGAGGUGGAGCAGUGCCAGUGUCCUCCGGGUUACCGCGGUCUGUCGUGCCAGGACUGUGCAGCCGGAUACACUCGCACAGGAGGGGGCUUGUAUCUGGGCCACUGCGAGCCGUGCGAAUGUAAUGGCCACUCUGACUCCUGUCAGCCGGAAAGUGGUAUCUGCACGAACUGCCAACAUAACACCAAAGGUGAGCUUUGUGAACAGUGUGCUGAUGGCUUCUUUGGAGACCCCACUGCUGGAACCCCAGAAGACUGCCAACCCUGUGCCUGCCCUGGCACGGACCCUGACAAUCAGUUCUCCCGCACCUGUGAGAGUCUUGGUAACGGCGGCUAUCAGUGUACUGCCUGUCAGCCUGGUUACACUGGCCAGUACUGUGAACGCUGUGCGCCUGGUUAUGUCGGAAAUCCACAAGCAAGAGUCCCAUGCCGCAGUGCGGCUGCGUCUCUGGUGGUAAAGGUUUACCCUGAAAGGGUGCAGGUGGCUCAGGGAAACCCAGUGACUCUCAGGUGUCAAGUAUCUGGAUAUCCACCACACCAUUUCUACUGGUCGCUUGAGGAUGGCCGUCCCAUCUCCAGCACAGCAGAGAAACGCAGACAAGGAGAGGAACUGCAUUUCCCCAGCGUGCACCCUGGUGAUGCUGGUGUUUACAUCUGCACCUGCCGAGACCAGCACAGCACCAACAGGAGCAAAGCCGAGAUCGUUGUUACAACUUUGCCAUCCAAGCCAAUCGAGGUCUUUAUCGAGGAACCGAAAACACAGAGCGUGACCGUGGGAGCCACAGUAAGCUUCAUCUGCACAGCCAAAAGCAAGCUGCCAGCGUACACCCUGGUUUGGACCCGCAGAGGCAACGGAAAGCUGCCUAACCGUGCCAUGGAUUUCAAUGGAAUCCUGACCAUUCAGAAUGUGCAGCCUGAGGACGCAGGCAUCUAUGUCUGCACAGGCUCCAAUAUGUUAGGCAUGGACGAGGGCUCUGCCCUCCUGUAUGUCCCAGAGGCAUCUCAGUCACAGAUGUUUUACACAGCCUAUGAGAUGUUUGAAGGACAUAGAAAGCCUGCUGAGGGGGUCCAGCCGGUGGCUUCGAUCAAUCCACCUGUGCUGACGGUUCAUCAGGGUCAGCGGGCGGAGUUCCGCUGCACAGGAACUGGCAACCCCACCCCUGCUGUUGAAUGGACAGGAGGUCCAGGAAAGCGUAUCAGCCCCAGAGCCGUCAUUCGCAAUGGACUUCUGACCAUCCCAUCUGUGGAGCGCUCUGAUGAAGGAGAGUACAUCUGCAAGGCUCUGAACACACAUGGCGAACAUACAGCUCGAGGAGUUCUUCAUGUUCAAAGUACAAAUCAAGCUAAUGGUCUUCCACACGUGCAAGUGAGCCCCCCGAGUGUGGAAAUUCAUGAGGGGGAGACUUUAAGGUUGUACUGCAGGGCCGUUGGAAUCCCCACACCUGGCCUCAAAUGGAAGAAGAGAGGUGGUUCACUACCACCACAGGCAAUUUCCUCACAUGGUUUCCAUCAGUUUAAAAGCAACAGUCUCGAUGUGUUACAGAGACGUAUUGCGGAGCUACAGGCCCUCGAGGAGCGCACUGAUACUGGCACUCUGCUCAUACCAAAUAUUAGAUCCUCUGAUGCGGGCACAUAUCUCUGUGUUGGAACCAAUACUGUUGGAUCCUCAGAGGCUUACAUUGAGGUCUUUGUCAAAAGAGGUGAAAUCAUUCCCUCUGGAGUCACCAUCCAGCCCUCCAUUGCCUCCGUAGCAGAGGGAGAGACUCUAGAUCUCAACUGCAUUGUCCCUGGAACAUCUCCAGCCUCUGUAAAAUGGAGUCGGGCAGGUGGACUGCUGUCAUCCAAUCAUCAGGUGUUCGGGACUCGGUUGCGUAUUCUGCAAGCCUCUUCAGAUGAUUCUGGAGAAUAUAUCUGCCAUGUAGAGAACGGCCCAUCAUCUUAUCAGGCAUCUGUAUCUGUGUCUGUGACGUCCAGCGCCUCACGUCUUCAAAGCCCCAUUAUCUCCAUCGAGCCACACACUGCCGCAGUAAAGCAGGGCGACUCAGCCAGCUUCAGAUGCAGGGUACACAGCGGGGAACCACCAGUGCGCCUUGAGUGGAAACCCACCAACAACCAGCCUCUGCCAGAUAAUGUGAAGACAAGCCCUGAUAAUUCAGUAAUAACUUUUUCCAAUGCACAAGCAAAGAACCAGGGCACCUAUCGCUGCGUGGCCAGUAACCUGUUUGGAAUUACUCACAGCAUUGUGUCACUCAUCGUGAAAGAAUCUCCCAAGGCUGUAGUGACACCUACAGGGCCAGUGCGAGUCAGAGUCGGUGAUCCCAUCAAUCUUGAGUGCCAGGCCGCUGGAGAGCCUAGACCUUCUGUCAGAUGGCACAGACUGGACAAUAAUCGCAGAACAAUCUUGAGUAGCCCUGUGCCUGCUGAUUCCAACGCUGUUAUGCAGAUUUUAGUUGCACGCCCAGAAGACACUGGCACAUAUGUGUGCACAGCACAGAACAACCGGGGCACAACAGAGACUCGAAUAGAUGUGCUUGUAGAAGGAGGAGCUCAGAUACCCACCGUUCCCCGAGCCAGUGUGCGUGAGCCUAUGAUCUUUGUGGUGGAGGGAUCGACCGCCACACUUCACUGUGAUGCUCACGGAUUCCCUAAGCCCACCAUCACAUGGUCUAAAGAACGGUCUUCUCUGCCUUGGAGACACAAGAUAGUUGACAACAGCCUGAUCUUACCUAAUGUGGGCCGCCAGGAUUCCGGUCAAUAUGUCUGCAAUGCCACUAAUCACAUGGGCAUCAGUGAAGUCACCGUCAUGCUGGAAGUAGACACUCCACCCUAUGCCACUUCCUUGCCCGACGACGUGUCCGUGCGAGUGGGUGAAGUAAUCCGACUGCAGUGCAUGGCCCAUGGCACCCCACCCCUGCGCUUUGAGUGGAGUAAGGUCAAUGGCAGCUUGCCUUCUACCGCACAGGUUCAAGGUGGAGACCUCCAGAUCAACCUGGCCACAGAAAACGAUGCAGGGUCGUAUAAAUGUGUCUCCAGCAACAAUGUUGGCAGGAGUGAGGCAUUUGCCAAAGUCUCUGUCCGAUCACCCCUUUCGGUGAAGGUGUCCCCUCAGGUGGAAGUGAAGGCUCCGGGGAGCGCUGUGGAGUUUACAUGUGCUGCUAAAGGAGGCCAUCAGAUUGAGAUUGAGUGGCUGAGGGAGGGCGGAAUUCUCCCACCAAAUCAUCACAUUUAUAAUGGAGUCCUCAGAAUCGAGAACCUCGAGCAAAGCAAUGAGGGAAUAUACACCUGCAGAGCCAGCAGUCUGUUCGGACAGGCCCAGGACAGUGCCAAACUCAGCAUUCAAGCUCUCCCAAAAGUGAUGAUCAAUGUGCGCACAUCGGUGCAGACGGUGAUGGUGGGGAACUCGGUGGAGUUUGAAUGCCAUGCUGUCGGUGACCCUGAGCCCUCGGUGAGGUGGAGUAAGGUGGGAGGCUCUCUUCCCGAUCAUGUGGUGGUGAAGGGGCACAUUCUGAGGAUUGAGCAAGUGACUGAGGCAGACGCAGGACAGUACCGAUGUACAGCAACCAAUAAUGUGGGAUCGGUGCAAUCCCAGGUGGCCCUCAAUAUCCAAUCCCUGCCCCAGAUUGCUGCACAGCCCGAGACAAAAGAAGUGACAGUUGGCUCGGAUGCCAUCUUUCCCUGCAUAGCAUCUGGAUAUCCUGUCCCAACCAUCACAUGGUCAAAGGAAGAGAACGAGUUGCCGCCCAAGUGCCGACAGGAUGGACAUGUACUGACAGUUCCUGCGGUCACACACUCAGACGCUGGGACGUACGUGUGCACAGCUGCCAAUAAGCAGGGCAAAGUCGAGGCCUUCACCAGACUCAAUGUUCAUGAGAGAGUGAUGCCCUAUUUUACCCAGGAGCCUCUUUCUUACCUCACACUGCCCACCAUCAAAAACUCCUACAAUGCAUUUAGCAUCAAAAUUACCUUCAGGCCGGACAAUGUUGACGGGCUCAUUUUAUAUGCCGGUAUGAUCAUAUAUAAUGGACAGAAGAAGACCUCUGGCGCAGAUUUUAUAUCUUUUGGGCUGGUGGGUGGCCGUCCUGAGUUCAGGUUUGAUGUUGGUUCAGGGAUGGCUACCAUUCGAUACCCCACUGCUAUUAAACUGGGUGAGUUCCACACAGUUGAACUCUAUAGGAACCUGACACACGGCUCUCUUGUUGUGGAUGGAGAAGCUCCUGUUAAUGGAACCUCACAGGGAAAAUUCAAGGGCUUGGAUCUGAAUGAGGAGUUGUUUGUGGGUGGUUAUCCAAAUUACACUAUGCUCGCCAAAACCGCAGGCCUUAAGACGGGAUUUGUCGGUUGUAUGAAGCAGCUGACAAUUCAAGGCGAUGAAGUCAUUUUCAAGGAUCUCGACAAAAGUUCCACUGGAGUUUCAAACUGUCCCACAUGCAAGGACAGUCCCUGUCAGCAUGGUGCCGUUUGUGAAGAUUCAGUAGCCAGUCUCUACAAAUGCAAAUGUCAGAGAGGAUACACGGGCAGCAACUGUCAGCAUCACUCCUCCCUGCACUGCCACACAGAGGCGUGUGGACCAGAUGCCACCUGCAUUAACCGGCCUAAUGGUUCGGGCUACGACUGCCGCUGUCACCUGGGGAAGUCUGGAGACAAAUGCAUGGCUGGUACUCUGGUAACGACACCAUUGUUUGAUGGAGAAGACUCUUAUAUUGCCUAUCCUCCUCUCACUAAUAUUCAUAAUGACCUCCGCAUUGAGAUGGUGUUUAAGCCUUUGGAUCCAGAUGGUUUGAUGUUCUUCUCUGGUGGCAAGAAGAUGAAAGUGGAGGACUUUGUGGCGGUGUCCAUGGUGAAUGGACACGUUGAGUUCCGUUAUGAGCUUGGAACAGGUCAGGCUAUUUUGCGCAGUCAAGAGCCCUUGUCUCUGCGUCAAUGGCAUCGUGUGGUGGCGGAGAGGCUCGAUAAGGAUGGAUCCUUAAAGGUUGACAAUGCCCGGGAGAUCACACGAUCCUCUCCUGGAAAAGCCCAAGGUCUUAACAUUCACACACCCAUGUAUCUGGGAGGAGUGCCCAGCAUGGACAUCUUGCCCAAACCUGCAAAUGUUAGCAUGCUGUUUGCUGGAUGCAUAGGCGAGGUCUUCAUAAAUGGAAAGAAGAUGGAUCUUUCAUACAGCUUUAUUGUGAGCAGAGCCAUCAGUCAGUGUAAAGUUGACAGCCCGUGUGACCACAGGCCUUGUAUGCAUGGAGGCACUUGUAUGGCCAGUUUUGAGUAUGAGUAUCAGUGUCUCUGUCCAGAGGGAUAUGAGGGUGAGAGAUGUGAAACAGUAAAGGAUGCCUGUCGGGUGUCGUCUCAGUGUCAGAACGGUGGCAGCUGUGUUAAUAAUCACUGCGUGUGUCCUGCUGGCUACACAGGCCGAUACUGUGAAAAAGGGCAGGAGUCCAGCUUCUCCGAGCAGCUAAGGAAUUUGGAGGGUAGUGGGGGAAAUGAUUCUCCCAUCCAACAUUCCGCAUAUUUUCAUGAUAAUGGGUAUCUUGCCCUUCCAAAACCCAUGUUUCCACGAAGUGACCCUGAUUCUCCAGAAACCAUUGAGUUCGAGAUCAACACGGUCUCUAGGGACGGCCUCAUCCUGUGGCAGGGAGUGGAGACCGCAGGCGCUUUAAGCGUCUAUAAGAAUCAUGCUAGUAGAAAGGAACUAGGAGACCAAGGAAAGGGCAAAGACUUUAUAAGUCUUGGUUUACAAAACGGACGUGUUGUGUUUAGUUAUCAGCUGGGCAGCGGAGAAGCUCGAAUUGAGUCCAGAGUGCCUGUCAAUGAUGGACAUUGGCACAAGAUCUCUGCUGUCAGAACAAAUAAACAUGGCUACAUCCAGAUCGAUGGAGGAUUUUUCCAGCGUGGGCAAUCACAAGGCAAUAGCGUCAUGGUCAACACUAAAGGCAUUAUAUACCUGGGUGGCGCUCCAGACAUGAAGUCAUUGACUGGUGGGAAGUUCUCGUCAGGCAUCACCGGCUGCGUGAGGAACCUCUCGCUGACAAACGCAGGACCAGGAGAACAGCCAGCGCGACCCAUCGACCUGCAGGUCCACGCGGAGGAGGGCAUUAACGUGGAGCGCUGCUCAACAUAGACGCACUAUACUAAAACACUAUAGAAGAGACUGCAGGAAAUAAUCCCUCAUUCACACACACACUGGGAAAGAUCUCAGAUGCUUACAGGACUGUUUUUUACUCACACUUAAAGAGACACACACUCAUACUUGUUCUCGGUGCUUCACCGCAACCAAAAAGCUACAGAAAAGGAUUCUUCGCUCUGUGCCGCAUCACACCAAAAAAACAAGAAAUAAUUAACGAUAUUAUUAACAAGUCUUCACGUUUUCAGUGUUCUAUGCUCAAUGAAGGACUGUUUAACACAGAUGCUCCAGUACGGUGUACAAACUUCGAACAGCAGCUUUUUAGCCACGAGUAUGUCGAGAAAAACAAAACAUGAUGAGCCUUCUUCGAUGGGUCAAAUCCUAUGGAAUUAGCAAUGUUUUUACAGCACUGAAUUUUUAUUUAUGAGCAUAUUAAUCUAUAUAUAUUAUAUUUGUGGGGGGAUGCAAACUAACAAUAACCUGCUCAUCUGUUUCCUAGAGAUUUUAGGCUCUAAUAUUGAGUGUCUGAGGCUUUAGCGCCCUGAUCUGUGUUAAUACUUGAAGACUCUGCGGCCUUCUUUUUUUUUUUGGAGGGCCAGUGGGGGCGAGCAUGCUAGGGGUCUCUAUGAGGUCACAGCACAGAAGACAUUAAGACGCAUCUCAGGUGAAGUUAUUUGGGAGAUCACAUCUAAAUAUACAUGGCGUAGACUGUGUGUAUUUGAAAGUACACAACUAACAUGCUUAACAUUGUUGUGUCUGGUAAAUGUGGCUAGUAAACAAACAAACAAACCGAUGGUGCUAUGUUCAGACAUGACUAACUACAAGCACAUGAUCACAUUUUCCAUAUUCUGUUAUUUUCUAUGGAUUUAUUGUUUGUUUUAAGUAACAAAAGUCUUGUACGACAAUAAAGUGCUGUUUACCGAUUGCCAACCCUAAAAUCAAAGUCUUGAGAUUUUUGUAGUAAGUUUUGAUAAGUUUUCGAAAUAUCGAAAUGUUGAAGAAUGAUAACAAGUUGAAUUCAUGAAAAGAAGAACAGAAGAAGUUCUUACAAUUUUCUUUAUCCCAAAUGUUACUUUACAUUAGUGUUACUUGUGAAUGUUGUUUGUACAGUCUUUGUUUUUUUUCUUGUGUAAUUCUAUUAACAUCCACACCGACUGAUCUACUUUGCAUGAAUUUCUAUGAUUUUUUUGUCAUCGCAUUCAAAUUUGAGUCUUACUUAUGCCAUUUUAAGAUGGGAAGAAAAUUGUGUGCUUCUAUGUUUUGUUCCAUAGUGUGUCUGCUGUGUGUGUAUGAUGAUGCAUGUACAAUAAUCUUGCAGAUCCUCAGAAGGGUUAACAGAGAACUGCCUUCUCUACGGCUUCAUGUUCAGAUUUAUUGGGUCAAGCAGGCACUCCAGAAUAUUUAGCGGCUCGCAUUAUGAGCAAAACUGAAGUGAAACUGAGACCAGACGGGAGACACGAUAGAAUGUCUACAUUUAAAUGAAGGGUGGGGAUCACACUCUUCCAUUAUUGUGUAUUAGUCAAUAGCCUCUUUUACUCUUGCUGUGACUUGAAGCUCAUAUGAGCAUGCUCGCCCACAUAGGCCAGAACGGGGUCAAAGUUUGCUUUGGUUCCUAUGCGCCUUUUCACCUUGUUUGUUAAUUUUCUUUCAAAAGAAACAUUACUGCUUAAAUUAAAGUUGCUUUUAUUUGA